GACGAUUCCAGAGCUGCCUGCGCAUACUUCUUCAGCCUCCUGACUUCUGCUACAUACACUUGAAUAUAUACGGAAUUUUACCAUGACAUCCCUCAAAGGUCCCGGUGCACCAAAGACAUACGAUGGCUCUGGACUGCGCAUUGGCAUCGUCCACGCACGAUGGAAUACCAAGAUCAUUGACGCGCUACUCGAGGGCACAAGGAAGAAGCUGAGGGAAGCGGGUGUCAAGGACGAGAAUAUCGUUGUGCAGGAUGUGCCUGGGAGCUACGAGCUGCCGUAUGCCGUUAAGCAAUUAUACUCGGCAUCUCAGAUCCAAUCCUCCAACACAGGCAUCGUAGGCGCAGCAGCCGACCUCCUUGGCUCCACAUCUGACCUGACCGCGCUCACCGGACAGUCAGCUGCCAAAGUAUCCAACCAGCCCUUUGACGCUAUAAUCGCCAUUGGCGUGCUUAUCAAAGGAGAGACUAUGCACUUUGAGUACAUUGCCGACGCUGUCAGCCACGGACUCAUGAGGCUGCAGCUGGACAACAACGUGCCCGUCAUCUUUGGGCUGCUGACGCUAUUGAGCGACGAGCAAGGACUCAUGAGAGCGGGAAUUGGCGGAAGCGACGGCAAGUCUGGACAUAACCAUGGUGAAGACUGGGGGAGCGCAGCGGUCGAGCUGGGUGUUAAGCGGAAGGGGUGGGUUGAGGGCAAGUUUAUCGAAUAG